CCGCCAGCCCCGGCCCCGGUCCCGGGCGGGAGGGUAACCCACCGCAUCCCUCCCGCAUCCCUCCCACUGAGCCCCGGCCCGGCCAUGGGGGCUCUGACCAGCCGGCAAAACGCAGGCGUGGAGGAAGUGGAUAUCCCCGCUAAUUCCGUCUACAGAUACCCCCCGAAAUCCGGGAGCUACUUUGCCAACCACUUCAUCAUGGGCGGCGAGAAGUUCGACUCCACCCACCCCGAGGGCUACCUCUUUGGCGAGAACAGCGACCUCAACUUCCUGGGAAACCGGCCCGUGGUGUUCCCUUAUGCUGCUCCACCUCCUCAGGAACCCGUGAAGACCCUCAGGAGCUUAAUCAACAUCCGCAAGGACACCCUGCGCCUUGUCAAGUGCUCAGAGGAGGUGAAGACCCCAGGGGAAGAGGUCAGCAAAGCCAAGGUGCACUACAACGUGGAGUUCACCUUCGACACAGACGCCCGGGUGGCCAUAACCAUCUACUACCAGGCUAGUGAGGAGUUCCACAACGGGGUGGCCAGCUACAUCCCCAGGGACAACAGCCUGCAGUCUGAGACAGUGCACUACAAGCAGGGGGUGUGCCAGCAGUUCUGCGUCCCCUCCCACACCGUGGACCCCUCGGAGUGGAGUGAGGAGGAGCUGGGCUUUGAUCUGGACCGGGAGGUCUACCCCAUGGUGGUGCACGCGGUGGUGGAUGAAGGAGAGGAGCACAUUGGGCAUUGCCACGUGCUGCUGGCCACCUUUGAGAAGCACAGUGAUGGCACCUUCUGCGUGAAGCCCCUCAAGCAGAAGCAAGUGGUGGAUGGUGUGAGUUACCUCCUCCAGGAGAUCUAUGGCAUCGAGAACAAGUACAACACGCAGGACUCCAAGGUGGCUGAGGACGAGGUGAGUGAUAACAGUGCUGAGUGUGUCGUCUGCCUCUCGGACGUCCGGGACACCCUGAUCCUGCCCUGCAGACACCUCUGCCUCUGCAACACCUGCGCUGACACCCUGCGCUACCAGGCCAACAACUGCCCCAUCUGCAGGCUGCCUUUCCGAGCCUUGCUUCAAAUCCGAGCCAUGAGGAAAAAGCUGGGUCCCCUCUCACCCACCAGCUUCAACCCCAUCAUCGCCUCGCAGACCUCCGACUCGGAGGAGCACUCGUCCUCAGAGCACAUUCCUCCAGGCUAUGAAGUGGUGUCACUGCUGGAGGCCCUCAACGGGCCCCUGACACCCUCACCAGCUGCCCUGCCGCUGCGUGCUUUGGGGGACCCCCCGGGGGUGGGGACCCUGCCCUCCUAUGGCAGCGAGGGGCCCCUGCCCCCCCUGCGGGCCCUCUCGCCCCUCGAGCGGCUCCCGGACUGCGGCCCCCCGGGGCUCAAGCUGAAGAAGAGCAUCUCCAAGUCUAUCUCGCAGAACUCCUCCAUCCUGCCUGAAGAGGAGGAUGAGAAGUCAUGCAUGGAGUCAGAGCUGAGGGUCUCCAGGAGGAGAUCCCUUGCCCGGCACGAGGAGGAAUGCGGUGCGACGCCGGAGAGUGAAAACCUCACCCUGUCAUCAUCAGGAGCCAUCGACCAGUCCUCGUGCACCGGGACCCCCCUCUCCUCCACCAUCUCAUCCCCAGAAGAGCCUGUCAGCAGCAGCCUGGCCCAGUCUGUCAUGUCCAUGGCCUCCUCCCAGAGCCAGCACUCCCAGCUCAGCACUGACACCGUGUCCUCCAUGUCUGGCUCCUACGUUGCUCCGGGCACAGAGGAGGAAGAAGAGGAGGAAGGGGACAUGCUCCCCUCACCCGCGGCCGCCAGUGCCACAGCCUCUGAUGGAGAGUCAACCCCUGUGGAGUCCCCGGAUCUAAACUUUGUCAGCAUCUCAGCCGAGGAGCGUGACGCCGAGGGAAACGACGUGCUGGAGGACGAGGACGCCUCUCCCACCCAGGAAGAUGGCCCGAGGACAGGCGCUUUCCUCGGUCUGAGGUGUGACAAUAACAAUGACUUGGGCAUCGCACACGUGAAAGCGCUGGACAAUAAACUGUGCUCUGAGGCCUGCUUACCUGCCGCCGGGCCGGACUCCUGCCCCAUUAACAUUGAGGACUAGGCCUGGAGGCAGCCAACAACACCCACCUGUGGCAGGCACCCCGGCCCUGGUGUCCCCCCAGCACCCGAGACCUGGAGCAGGCAGCAGCUGCCCUGCCCGUGUGAGGGACCAGCCUCGGUGGGGACACACCCCCCCCCCGCCCACCGAGAGGGACCCUGGCAUCUGGGCACCACGGACAUCACCACCUCCAUCCCUUGGCUGUUCUGGGACUGAUUUUUGAAAGAAAAGACGGUAACUUCGACUUUUCCUCCCUGCUCCCCCCCCUCCCCGUGCAGAGGGGGGGGGGCCAAGAGCCAUGUCACUUCAGAGCCCCCUAAUCAGCACCUUCCCGUCCUCCAGCCCUGGUGGGGACAGGCUGGGGUCCCCUCCUGCCCCUGCCCACCUCACACACUCGGGCUCCUCUCCUCCAGCAUGUGGAGCAGUGCCCAGUGCCAUGGGAUGGAGUCACCCUGCAAAGGGGUCUUGGGAUGUUGGCCAGAGGGUGAUGAUGGAUGAGGGUGCCCGGGGGUGCAGGUUAAGGGUGGGUGUUGGUAGUGGCAUCCUUGGUGCACGAGCCAGUGACCUUCAAGGGGGGGGCUGGCCCUCCCCAGGUUUGCUGGCACGUGCCCCUGCGAUGCUGUGGGAUGUUCCCAUUAAGGCACUGGGGUGAUGGUGCCCACCCUCAGAUCCCCUUCCCUCCACUCUUCUCCUGGGCAGCACAUGGGCUUUUGGGCCCAAGGUUGCUUUUCCCCAAGGGAUGGAGCAGGGUGGCAGGGGUGAGCAGGGGGCCUGGUGUCCCCCCACCCCAGUCACCUGCCCUCGAGGCAUCACUAAUUUAACCUCACUGUCUUCCGUCCUGCUGCGAGCUCGGGGCUGUGCCCUCCCUCUGGAACAAGUGCCAAAAGUGUCACCCCCCACAUCCCACCUGUCCCGCCCUCUCCAUUGCACUUUGUAGCAGGGGAUGGAUGAGGGUGUGGGAGCUGCCCCCCCACCCCUCUGUCCCCACUCCUCUGUCCCCAUCCCUCCAUCCCCUGCUCUCGGGCCAGUGCUGGGCUGACAGCACAAGCUGGUUUUACUCCAGGGGACAGGCAUGCAGGGACACAGCCACAGAUCUUGGGGACCUGCUGGGGCCGUUGGUAGAGGCCAGGUGCCAUUCCAGAGAGCCUCAGGGACAGUCAGAAGCUGUUUUGAGGAGCAUCAGACCAGCACCCUAAUCUAGCAACCUCUGGAGCUGUUUGGGCCAGUCUAGGGCAGGAGCCUGCAUUCCCCCCUUUUCCCCCACUUGGUUUUCUCAGCAGCACGAGCCAGGGGAGAUCCCCCUGAUGCAGACAAAAUAGCAAAGGCCACCUCUUCCUAGCAGGAGAAGAACAUGUUUCAGAGCUAUUUUAGGACAGAGAUGUUCAUGCAGUGAAAGCAACAUCCCACAGCAGUUGUGGGGAGCAGGUCCCCACUGCCCCUCACAGCUGCAGAGCACAGGCUCCACUGGUGGCCGUGGCUCCUAAAGGGGAACAAAGCCCUUUUUGGGGUUGGGUUGUCUUACCCACCUGGCUUACAGCUGGGGCCAUGGUAGCUGCUCAUUCUGUGGCCUUGGUGUGGGUCCUGCUGGACGCAGGGUUGGUCUUGGCCACUUUCCUGCUCCCUCCUCCGGGCUCCCUCCACCCCAUCAAGUCUCACAUCAGCUCAACAGCUCCCAGAUCUCUCCCUGGGAACCCCAGAGCUGGGCACUUGAUGGGAGAUGACAUCUCCAAACUGCCAUCCCCAGGAUGGGAGCUGCUAACAGUAGAGAGAGCUGGCACAGCAGGGGACAAGCCUUGUGCCCUGCUCAGGGACAUUGUGCCAUGGUGGGGCUCCCCACAGGUCUGGGUGUCCUGGCCCCAAGCAGCUGGCAGCACCCUUACUGGGCACAGGGAGAGCCCUGGGAGUUCAAGCUGAGCUGAGGAAACCAGGGAGGCUGCAGGAGGCCAGCUGCUCCCACACCCUCGAGCAUGGGUAGGAGAGGGAAAAUCAGGCUGGUGCUCCACGGGGGGCUGGUUUGCCAAAGCCCACCACCCUUCCCUGCAGUUUAAAAGGGAACAAGGAGAGCUCUCCAGGCCUGGGCACCUGGCAUAGGGCUGUGAUGGUGCUUGUGGCUGCCAGCACAACCAGGCCAGAACAGGCAGGUCCUUGCUCAGGAGGGUUGUGGGAGGUAAGCAGGAAGGUUCAGCAGCUGCUCCAAGCUGUGUGUAUCCCAGGGCUGCAGGAGCAGCCAGAUGAGCUGAUGAGGUGGCUGCCUGUGGAUGCCUCGCUCGGAGGGGCCGUGGCUGCUGGUGAGUGCAGAGCCAUGGAGAGGAGCUGGGAGGAGGAGCAGUGUGCUGCAAGGAAAGGAGGGAGCAUCCUCUGCUGUGACACAGGAGAUUUGGGUGUCAUCCUUGGCCACCUGGAGAUGCCAAGGGGCAGGCAGGUGCUGGCAGCAUGAGAUGAAAGGUCAUGGCCCCUUGUUCCAGCGACCCACCCUUCGGGGAUUGAAGGAAAGGGAACCAGAUUGCUGCUUAUGACUUUGCUUUCAGCAUGUUUUGGAUUUUAAGAGUAUGUUUAAUAAAGGGUAUCUUAUGUCAA